GGCUCCGCCGUGGGACCAAUCACAGGCCUCGAAUUACGCAUCCCAGAUACGCCACUUUUGUUUCCGCGGGCCCCACGAAAAUUAAAAUUCAUCCAAUCACAUCCCUCUACUGUUUUCUGUUGCCCUAGACACGUGUUGCUUCUUCACCCAGCCACCGUGCUGCCGUUAUCAUUUUCGUUUCCUCCCUCUUCCCCAUCCCUUCUCUCGGCAAGGGAGAGAGAACAAGCAACUUCGGCUCAUACCUAGGAGGCGCACGACCCCGAUUAGGAAUCCCCAGAUAUUUAUGGACCGUGGAGAUGUAUGGAGCAACCUAGCCGCACGUGCCACCGGGGAUGCCGCUCGCGAUAAAACCGUAGUUAACAGAAUAAUGCUCAGAUUCCGUCCGAUCGCGCCGAAACCCGUCGCCGGAGGUUCUGCCUCCGGAGCUACGGUGCCGGAAAACACGAGUAACGUCUUGCUUUCGGGCAAGAGAGCGAAGCGGAAGUACGUUAGGGUUCGGAGGAACAGUGGAUGUGGGAGAAAGGAUAAUAAUAAUAAUAGAUCUUCUGAGAGAUCUGGGAUGACAGACGAUUCGGACAACGCGGUUGUGACUCUUCAGUUGAUGCCGGAGAAGAGUGAACCGUCGGGCGGCUGGAUCGCCGGGAGAUCAUGGUGUAAAAACGCUGAUCUGGACGUGACAGUGGAGAAAGUCGAGAUCUCGGGAAAUCCGGAACCGACGAGGCCGUGGACAACGACGGGAACCACGAACGGCGCGCGGAUGGCGGUGGAGACGUGGGUGACGGUGGAGAGCGUGGGGUACACGUGCACGAACUUAGGAGGAUUAGGUAGCACGGACGCUGAGAAGGUAAAGAAUCUGGAGAGCGACACGUGUCCGGGGUUCGUAUCAGACGGUACGGGCAAGGUCGGAUGGGUGAACGAGGCGUACAGGAGGAUGGUGAGAGGGAAUGAGGCGGGAGGGUCACCAGAGGAGGUAGUGGUGCGGUUGAAGGUGAAGGAUAACGUGAUCUAUUCAUACGAGGCAUUUACAUGCGGGGUGAGAUUACAGUAUACGUGGCAGAAGGAAAAGUGGACGAAGAUGGUGCCGUGUGAUGUUUGGAAGCUGGACUGUGGUGGCUUUGCAUGGAGGCUAGACAUCCAGGCUGCCCUCAGCCUGGGUCUCUGAGAAACCAGAAUUCAGGAGGAAGAGAUGGAAUAGAGUGCUGGAGCCCAUUUAUCAGCGUAUACAUGGUAUAUGGUCGACAAAUUAUUUGCAAAUCUGAAGGGAGGCACGUGCUCUGAUGUGGAUGCGUAUUUUAUAUUUUAUCCUUUUGUAUUCAUAUCCACAUGAUGUGUCUUCUGUUAAAGGCAACCACAGUCUCUUGCUCCCCUGACCACUACCACCUGGUGAUUGGAUGAUUACUUACCUGUUGUCUUUUUAACUCACAUAGCUAUAGCCUGUGGAGCGCCGUUAAGCUUCUAAAAGUUUUGGUUAAUCGCAAGGGAUCAGGACAUCAGGUUGAAGGGAGCCAGACUCUUGUACUAAGAAUCCGCAAGUGUAGAUAUAUUUAUACCUAAUUUUUAGUGUUUUCAUCAAUGCUUAGCACUUGGAUUGAGCCCAAAGGUACCUAUGGUUCACUGGCGAGUAUGAGAGGCACAGACAGAGUUCAAUAAAUAUUUCUCAGAAAGUUUGCUGAGAAUCUGCAAGUAGCAGUUUGUGGAAGAAGAUACGCAAUAUACUAAGGCACUUCUUUUGUUAAAGAACUCGAAGACGUUUUAAAUGUAUUGUAUCGCACGCUUUGCGUCUUUCUGGUUACUAUCAAUGCUUAUUGCUAAAUCUUAUGGGGGGUAUGCCAUCGCCCUUUCGUCUU